AAGGACGUGUGAUUCUGACGCGCGCUAUUCCUCAACCUCACAAAUAGAAACGAAAGUCUGGUCAUGCAAAUAUACACGUGCAUUUAAUAUUUUGCUUUUGUUUGGUUAUGACACCCUGGCUAUUUUGUUAUGCCCCGUUUAUACUUGGAAGGGGCAUUGCGCGGUGAAACAUUGUAAACCAUUGGGCUUGUUCAGCCCACGAAGUGAGGAAUUUGUGUAUGGAGGUAAAUGAUUGUCGAAUUUGGUAACAAAACAAUGAAUUUCUCAUUAGCUACGUGAGGUUUAUUUGAUCGAAUAGAAGUUUGGUAAUGGUUGGGUAGUUACAAAUGCACUGAUAUAGGUGGGCACGUGUCAUUUCAGAAACUUUGAAAAAACAACCAUCUUGAGUUGUGCUGUUGUCAGGGAGAGGUCUCAUGGAUAUUACCCGUAUUUGCGUGGAGAAUUCCCAUUUAAAGGCUUCCAUAAUUUUAAAGUAGUCAACUAGUUAAGGAUUCCUAUGAGUUUGGAGAAAUCAACCAAUUAAGAAGAAAAUGGACUAGUUGAAAAUAGAGAUUGCCUUAAUGGCACUUGCCCAUGCUGUCACAGACGCUAUAAUAGCACAGAUACAAAGAUUAAUCGUCUAUGGCCUGUUUUUCACUCGGGUAUCUGCCCUGUCAUUGGCUGGAACUGUCCCACCUGAUCUUGCCGCCUCCUGCCUGCCUUCCAUCAUUCAGGGUAUAUAUUUCCAUUGUUGAGCGGUCACCCGAAUAUCUUGUCAAUAUAAUAGACCAUCUUUGGCUUGUUUUGUUGAAUGAAGCAACCGACUGCAGACGAAAGUCGAGGAGUGAAGUCUGGGGAGGUGCGUCUGCUACAGUCGAAAGUCGGAGACUGAUGUGCCCUGUCUUUAUGCACUUUUCUACAAGCUUGCAUGACUUCAGUUCUUAGUACGUGUCAUUGAUGGGAGUUGCUGGAGUACGAAUGACAAACAGGAACUCAUGCAAGCAGGCGGUAAUAGUAGGAGCGCUGAAGUGAGCGGUGCAGCCAUAUUUCCGUGCUUCGAGUUCAGCAGAGGAGUAUCCGCGGCUGCAGCCUUGCCAUAUAACCAUCUCAUCUCAAAUCACACCUGCUCUGGAAGGCACUGUGGAAACCAUCCGAGGUAUUUGGAAAACAAAGUGACAGCUCCGCGCACAGAUCCAGGAGAAGGAAACAAGAUGCCGAAAGCUGUCAAUGUUCGCGUCACCACCAUGGACGCUGAGCUGGAGUUUGCCGUUCAGCCCAGCACUACUGGCAAACAGCUCUUUGACCAGGUGGUAAAGACCAUUGGCUUGAGGGAAGUCUGGUACUUUGGCCUUCAGUAUAUGGACGGCAAAGGAUACCUCACCUGGCUGAAGCUUGACAAAAAGGUGUCGUCCCAGGAUGUGAAGAAGGAGAACCCGCUGCAGUUCAAGUUCCGCGCCAAGUUCUUCCCCGAGGACGUUUCUGAGGAGCUGAUCCAGGACAUCACCCAGAAGUUGUUUUUCCUGCAGGUGAAGGAGGGCAUCCUGAGCGACGAGGUCUACUGCCCCCCAGAGACCGCCGUGCUGCUGGCCUCCUACUCCGUCCAGGCCAAGUUCGGGGACUUCACCCGGGACCUCCACCGGCCCGGCUACCUCACCUCAGACCGCCUGCUGCCCCAGCGUGUUCUGGAGCAGCACAAGUUGUCCAGGGAGCAGUGGGAGGAGAGGAUCCAGGUGUGGCACGAGGAACACCGUGGAAUGCUCAAAGAGGAUGCCAUGCUGGAGUACCUGAAGAUCGCCCAGGACCUGGAGAUGUACGGCGUCAACUACUUUGACAUCAAAAACAAGAAGGGAACCGAGCUGUGGCUGGGUGUGGACGCCCUUGGACUCAACAUCUACGAGAAGGAAGACAAACUGACCCCAAAGAUUGGCUUCCCCUGGAGUGAGAUCAGAAACAUCUCCUUCAACGACAAGAAGUUCAUCAUCAAGCCCAUUGACAAGAAGGCCCCGGACUUUGUGUUCUACGCCCCUCGCCUGCGCAUCAACAAGCGCAUCCUGCAGCUGUGCAUGGGCAACCACGAGCUGUACAUGCGCCGCCGCAAGCCCGACACCAUCGAGGUGCAGCAGAUGAAGGCCCAGGCCCGCGAGGACAAACACCAGAAACAGUUGGAGAGGGCCCAGCUGGAGAACGAGAAGAAGAAGAGGGAGGCCAUCGAGAAGGAGAAGGAGCAGAUGGAGAGAGAGAAGCAGGAGCUGAUGAUGAGGCUCUACCAGUUCGAGGAGAAGACCAAGAGGGCAGAGAAAGACCUUCAGGAGCAGAUGCAACGUGCCAUGCAGCUGGAGGUGGAGAGGAGGAUGGCGGAGGACGAGGCAGCCCGCCUGGAGGCUGAGCGUCAGGCCGCCCUGCUGGCCAAGGAGGAGCUGGCCCGCCACGCCCAGGACCAGAUGCACAACCAGGAGCAGCUGGCCGCGGAGCUGGCCGAGCACACGGCUAAGAUCGCCCUGCUGGAGGAGGCCAAGAGACGCAAGGAGGAAGAGGCCGACACAUGGCAGCACAGGGCUCAGGAGGCCCAGGACGACCUGCUGAAGACCAAGGAGGAGCUGCACAUGGUGAUGACGGCUCCCCCUCCGCCGCCCCCUCCCCCCAUGUUUGUGGAGGUGCCCAUGUUUGUGGACAACCACGAGGUGAUGACUAUGGCGGAGGAGCAGAACGACCACGACAGUGAAGAGAACAACAGCACCUACAGCGCCGACCUGCAGAACGAGGGCUUCAACGACCACCGCUUGGAGGAGGAGCGUCUCACUGAGGCCGAGAAGAACGAGCGCGUGCAGAAACAGCUUAUGGCCCUGAGCUCGGAGCUGGCCCAGGCGCGUGACGACACUAAGCAUACCCAGAACGACCUGCUCCACACAGAGAAUGUGCGCGCCGGCCGGGACAAGUACAAGACCCUGCGGCAGAUCCGAUCAGGCAACACCAAGCAGAGAAUCGACGAGUUUGAGGCCUUAUAAGAGGGCCCUUUUCCCUAGGCCACGAGGGCCUCACAGCCACAUACCCUUUCUGAAUAGUGUCUGAACUAAAUCCCUCCAUUGCUACACGCACACGCAGACACACACACACACACACAUGCAGACACAGAGACAGACACACAUGCACGUGAGUGCACAAACAUUUGACAUUUUAGUCAUUUAGCAGACGUCCUUAUCCAGAGCGACUUACAUUAGUGAAUUCAUCACACCUACAAGAGCAGUAUAAAGAGUGAGUGACACAUCUGCAUCUGCAUUUUACUACAGUAGUUACUCCUUAGCUCCCUAACUUCUUUAAUAAACUGUCAGGCAGGGGGGGCUUUUCAAAGUCUUGUAAGAGAACUUACUAGUGCCAAAUCUUCUUUCCUUUUAGCAUAACAAAUCUUCUUUGUGUUUUGAUUGUAUGUAAUUUGAUGCGAUCAAAUCAAUCACCAUUGUUUUUAACCAAAGGUGUGAUGAUGAGUAGUGGGACUAAACCCUCGCUUUUGAUGUUUCUUAAAUGCUGUGGAAUGUUGAAAAAGGGCGAUAUGUUGUUUUUCAAAGGGACCACUCAGAAAGGGGAAAAUACAGUAUAAUGAAACUUUUCCUCUUACUCUCAGAAAAGUGUACUAUGUUCUGUUUUUCCAUUAUAUUUUGAACACUUCAUUUAUGUUUAAUAUUGUUAUACAGUAGCUUGCAAAUCAUGAAUAGUUUAAUAUUUAUACGGUAUAUGGAUCAUUUAAUCUUGGUUUGUAUAUUUUUGCUAUUCUAAUGAUCAUGAACAUUUUAUAUGUAUCAAAGGUUCUAUAUUGACCAAAAUAAUUGUUUCAUAAGGUUUUCUUUUAGAUCAUUAAUUUAAGAGAUUUAUUUGUAUAUUAUGUUUUUUUCUUAAAUGGACCUUUUUUUUUAAUCUCAAAUUAUUUCUGGGUCUCAAUUGACUGUUUUAAAUUAAUAUGGUCAAAAAUAGCUUCAAAGAUCAAUUUCUCAAGCAACAAUUUUGCUAGGACUGUCUGGGAGUGGUCUGAGUGGAGACCGAAAACCAGCUUUUGGUUUGGAACUCUUUCUUAUUGGUCUAUUAACUAAUUUACUGCAUGGUGAUGUCACCAUGGAAAGGCCAAAGCUCCAUCCCACCAAAAUAGGCUGAAAUUUCAGAUGGUCUUUUCAAACUGCUUUUACACUAAAAGGGUAUUAUCAUUUUCGCAGUAUUAUUCCAACCUCUGUGGAAAUAUAUAUUUAAAACACAGGGAAAUCACUUUUGACUGCACUGGGCCUUUAAUUAAAUAUUCUGUUGCAUGUCAUCAAAUCAGGAUAAGGAGAUCCUAUAGGACCUUUUAGAUUUUUGCCAUGCAAUUCACAGUAGCUAGCAGAAUUUCAAGAGGCAUAGAUGCAUAUUCUCCAGGAGCACUGUGCUUCUACAAAAACAUUUACGUUAAUCCUUUAUUCCCUUUGUUCCCAAUCAGGUCACUCUUAAGUGAGGAUGACAUGUUUUUAGUCAGUAUGUUAUGACAUCACCCAAAACUGGUUGAAACAAUGUCAUUACAACCAGAAACUAGUUGAAAUUAAGUUAUGACAUUUCAACCAGUUCAGCACAUGCUGGUGGUUGUAACCCCACUAGAGGCUUCAGUCCCAUCUCGCCAUUGACUCUCCUUUCUCUGGAUGUGUACUAGACUAGAUUUUACUGACCUUGUAACCGAUGAUGAUGCACAGUGCUGCCGCAGUCCUUUUAUUUAAACUGGAUUUUAUAACAAGGUGUUCAACAUAUUGGCAAUAAAGAUUAUGAUUACAGCUUCGUACUGUGAUUUCACUU